AUGGCCGUCACUGCAGCCUCCCGUCCUGCUCCCCCCAGGGGACAGCGCUCCCCGACGCUCAGCGAUGCGGGCAUGAUCCUGCCCGCCCUCGAGGCCGACUACGAGCGCGCGACCUCGCCCAUUCCCUUGAUUGAGCGUCCGCCUUCGCCAUCCGACCUCUACCGACAUGCCGACUCGAGUCCUCGCCGAUUAAGUUCAGGACUCCACAGCCGGCGCCGCGCCUCGCAACAAAUAAGUUUCCCGUCACUAUCAGCACAGUCCUCGCUUUCCGCACAGUCCUCGCGCUCGACACUUCGCAACGCAGCCGAUUCAGUCGCCUCCUCCAGGAGCAUGACUACUCGUGAUCUCAUUCUGGCCUCGUCGCCUACCAUCCACACUGCUCCCAGCAGCCACUCGCCCGGCAGUUGGCGCGGCCACGACCAGCGCAAAGUCAGUCCCUCGUCCAGCUCAAUCUUCACCGAGGAUCUCGACCACUGGCCCGGCUUCGACAGCCACGACAACUUCGACGACAGCGGCGUGGAUCUCGAAGAGCAGGAGAGACGACACCGCUCAAAGACUGACACCGACACUGGCGACGCCAUGACAGCCAAUAUCAGUGACGACGAAGACGAUCCCUAUUCGUCAGCAGCGCUCAGCAGAAGGGCAGAGAUCAUCCUGGCUAAUGCCAAAAAGAGGUUGAAUGUCAUGGAGGGAAAUCUUCGGGGUGCCCGAGAGUCAUUGGUCACCUCACCCACCUUCAGUCCCAAAGGCGGCUUGUCUUCUGACCUUUCACACCAUAUGGCAGCCAGCCGCGAGCGUGACCGACGACUUUAUGCCGGCAUGGGACCGAUCCCUCCGCGCCUUUCUUCCUACCGACAGUCGCUACUCACUCCCAAUGGCAGCACUGGCCAUUCGCGCAACCUAAGUGAAACAUCAGUGCCGCUUCCCUUUACUCCCUCGUACGUGUCGAGAGCCUCGUCGAUCAAACGAGCCUCCAGUGCAUUCGGUCAUACCAGCGGUCCAUGGGCGCCGGAGAGCUAUGGUCAGGGGCGAUUUCCCAUUAAAGAAUCCCGAAGCGUAGACCAACUUCGCGAUGCACGUAAUACGUGGAACACCUCGGAACGCGAGCAGGCUGUACGAUCUGCUUCGAGAAGCUCUAAAUCUCCGCCUGUGCUAGAAACCCUACGCGAGGACGAAGACGGAGCCAGGAUACACCGAUCUACAUCCGCAGCCAGUGGCCUUCGUGACCAGAUGAACGAUCUCAGGGGUAGAAUCUCGAGUCUGAAGCUGAAGGCACAAGAAGAUCACCUCCGGCGGCGCAGUAUACAGAGUCUACGUGCACCUAGCCCCUUUACCUCGGCCGACACAUGGUAUCCGUCAUCAAAUACAUAUCGACCUGAAAGCCCCAUUACUGGAGCUACUGGGCUGGGCAUCACGACUUCACCGCACACUCGGACUGGGCUCUAUCCCGAAGUCCAGGACCGGCCAUUGACUGCUACCACUACAACCUCGCAGUUGCACGGAGAGAAACUGGUGACACAGUACAAAGACCAGCCCGCGACUACCAGAAGCAAUGGGUACUCUGGCCGUUCGUACGAAGAAGCCGAGGUCGAUUCUGGAGAGUCUGAGGCAUAUGAACGGUCCGAGGUGGAUGAUAGUGACUUUGUCUCAGUCUAUGGUGAGGACGGGAUGGCGGACCCAGAGAGCGUAUACGAGGAUGCGGUGUAUGAGAUGCCUACGACGGAGCGACACGAGGACCGAGUGGAUGCGUUCGACUACGAGACCUUCUUCCUGCACAGUGCCAUGGGAACGUACAGUCUGGGAGACCGUCGGUCGAGCACAAGUUCGGGUACCUCAGUAGCCACGACGCGACCGAUGACGGCUGUUCAGACUGGCGAGGACCAAAGCAAAGCUGAAAAGCGAGUAUCGUUUCACCAACGGAACCCAAGCGCCGACUCGGUAUCGACGGUGGCCACAUUUGCUACUGCAGCCGAAGAGCAAGAUGACGACGAUGAGGAUGCGAACGAGCAGAUGGAUCAGUUCUCGCAGCAGAUAAUGUCUGGUCAAUCACGGUUGCUCUCUCAGCAUAUUGGUCGCAACAGCUAUUUGUCGCUCCGGUCCGACUCGGCGAUCAACAUGCGCAGCAGCGGCAUCUCGCCUCCUCAGUCGUCACUAUCUCGCGGCUCGCCUUCACCAGCCGAGUUUGCCAGUGGCCUGCAAACGUCCAAGCUCUUCUCCAUCUUGACGGAAAAUUCAAGAGACGAGCCGCGGAUUGCGCUCAGCGACGAAGAGACACAGCUGGUGUACGGCGUUGCUGCAGGCAUCCAACACGUAUGCUCGCAGCUGCAGAGCACGUACGGCGAGGCGUACGAGCGCAAGGCAUGGCGACGAAGACUUGACGAAGCGCGCAAGAUUCUCAUGGGCGAGGACCUGGAAGACGGCCAAACUUGUUGA